UAGCAUCUUAUUUCAUUAUACGUUGUGAGUUGGUACGCACUAGUUGGAUCAUGACCACCAUGGCUGGAAUAUAUUUAAUAAUACCAUUGUUAUUUUUGUUCGCAAGUUGUGAUGAAGUUCCAAAGAUAAGUUUGACUUUUGUAAUAGACGAUACGGGGUCUAUGGGUGAUGAUAUAGCUGAAGUGAAAGAGAGUGCUAAUGCUAUAUUUGAUGCGGUGUUGAACAACAAAGGUUCACCAAUAGAAAAUUUUAUUUUGAUCACAUUUAAUGAUCCUGACGUUCGGCCACCGACAAUAACUCGCGACCGAGAUACGUUCAAGCGUGCUCUGAACAAUAUAGUAGUGGAUGGAGGAGACGACUGUCCCGAAUAUGCAAUGUCUGGUAUAGAAAGCGCUCUCAAAGAAAGUCUACCUCGGUCCCACCUGUACGUGUUCACAGACGCUUCGGCCAAGGACUACGGCAAAUAUGCAGAAAUCAAAAGCUUGGCGCAAAAGAAAUCCUCAAAGGUAAUAUUUGUCUUGACUGGCAGAUGUCAAUUCGGUUCAAAACAACCCGAUGAAGUCGUAUAUUAUGACUUGGCAACAGCAACUUCAGGUCAAGUGUUUCAUCUAGGAAAGAGCGAUGUAGGAGAAAUAUUGAAAUACGUGAUAGAGUCAAUAAAAGCAACAACCACUGUGUUGCACUCGAAAACAUACCCUCCUGGCUACGGACACGAAAUUAAUGUAACUGCCGAUGAACAUAUCCGCGAUGUCAUCCUAUCUGCAUCGGGAGUUAAACCCAAAAUUGAAGAUGUCACUGAUCCUGAAGGUGGUAAGCCACAUACUGAAGACAUCACUGAUUUAGACGAAGUUGUAGUAAUUAAAGUGCCUGAUGCCAAGCCCGGUGUAUACACAGCUAAAGUGGGCAGCAAAAGUGACACCGCUGUAGUUAUCACUGGAACAACUACAAUUGACUUCCAACACGGAUUUUCAACUUUCAAGCCCGCAUCAAUAAAGGAUACUGCUACUAGACCUCAACCAGAGGUCAACUCUUACUUGUCGAUAAAAUUAAAUAUAAUUGGAGGCGGAGACGUUAAACUAACUCACGUGAAACUAGUAGACUUGGAAGGGAAACCAAUUUUAGAAGAACCCCUUGAAAUAUUUAACGAAAAAGAUCGUUUCUACGUAACCGAGCCUAUUAUAACUCCAAAAGAAAUGUUUCGUGUUAUGGUAAUUGGUUACAACGUAGCUGAUAAAAGUACAAUUACAAGAACUUCACCCACGCCGAUCGAGCCGCAGAAACCAGAAUUAGAAAAGAAAGAACCCAGAGCGCCUAAGAUAACUAUUGAAGGUGACAAAAAAGUAGUUGAUUACAAUGCACCGAUUAAACUCAGCUGCAGAGUAAAUGCUUACCCAAAACCUGAUGUUAUUUGGCUAGAAGAAAGUUCUGGUUCGACGCUUCCUUCCACGGUGGCAGAUGUUGAGCCGCCCUACGAGUAUGUGAGCAUUUUGGAUAUAGAGAAAGUAAACAAAAACAGCACGUACACAUGCAAAGCUAGCAACGUUCAUGGAGUAGACAUAAAAAAUAUUGCAGUAGAGAUACCUUCUUAUUUCAUUGUCAUGGAAAGUCCGAAAGAUGCCGUUAUAAAAUAUAACACCACCGGAAUAUUUUUGUGCAAAAUUGAUGCAUCACCGCCGGCAAAGAUCACUUGGUAUAGAAACGGUAAUGAGUUGGGUACAGAUGAAAGAAUUGUUAUAUCUCCUGACGGUUCCGUUCUGACUAUACCAUACAUGGAUCCUUAUUUACAAGGACACUACACGUGCGACGCUAGUAACGUUCUUAAGAGGGAGACAUUUAAGUUCAACGUGGCUAUUUCAGGAGUGGAAGCUCCUAAGAUUGAUAAAAGUAUUGACGAAGUCCACGUGGCAAAAGGCUCUGACGUUAAACUAAUAUGCAGAGUAACAGAAGGAAUACCUCUACCACGAUACAUAUGGCAUUAUAAGGGGAACUCACACGAAAGGUUUAAAAAAAUAAGAGCGAUUUAUGCUAACAAAGUACAAUUGAGAGACGUCACAGUGUUAAAUUCCGGUCUCUACAAAUGUAUGGUUUUUAACCCAAUUGGACACGAUGUGCACGACAUUAAAUUAGUUGUGGAGUAUCUUCCAAAGAUAAAAGAAAGUGAGAAGAAUGUAAGUGGUAACGUUGGAGAAGAGAUAACUUUAACGUGUGAAGUGGACAGUGUGCCUGAAGCCAGGGUGACGUGGACUAAAAACGGGGAAAUUAUUAAAAAUACUCCAAAAACGCCUAUAUACAGAGAUAAUAGUUUGAAGCUUAAACUAUCGAUAGAAGAUAACGGUAUUUACAAGUGCACUGCUUCUAACCGCCUCGGGAAUGCUACGAAAGAAGUUAACCUAACAGUUUACGUUCCAGCACACAUAGAACCACCUAAAGAGAGUCCAGUUAACAUAAAAGUCGGGGAAGAUAUAAAACUACCUUGCAUUGCUGACGGAGUUCCCAAGCCAGAAAUUAACUGGGUGAUUCAUGAUAAAGAUGGAAAACCUGUCACAAAAGUCACAAGUGUGGCUGAAUUUCCGGAUUUCUUUUGGCCACGAGCCCAACUAGAACAUUCGGGCUACUACACUUGCAUAGCAACGAAUGCUGGAGGAUCAUAUAACAUAACAUAUGACCUUAAUGUUAACGCUCCACCAAAUAUAGAGAAUGAGUAUAAGGACAAAACAUUCAGACCAGUUGAAGGAGAUAUGGUGCUAAUGAUCAGAUGUCGUGCGACUGGCAACCCUAAGCCUGUGAUUACUUGGAAGAAAGACGGAAAAAACAUCGCUUCAGGAACUCCAUGGUAUGAUAUAGAUGAACAAGGAACAUUGCUUAUAAAGAAUGUUGACAUGGAGUCGUCUGGUACGUACGUGUGUCAAGCCGACAACAUCCUGGGACGCGACUCAGAGCUAUUCUACGUGGCCGCUGAUCCUUAUCCUUUGGACGCGAAGCCCACAUCUACGUUGCGGGUUGAAAAAGGUUCAUCAGCUAAAGUGGAGUGUAAUGUGCCUCACGGUUUCAUAGAUUGGGUCAGAUGGUACAAGGACAGAAAAUUGCUUUUAAAUGGCGACCUCAUAAUAGAUGAUGCGAAAUUAUCAGACUCAGGUUUAUAUGUGUGUCGAGUAAGCAAUUUGGCGAAUUCAUAUUCUGGAUACACAAAAGUUAACGUUGGAUUCAAGCCGAAAUUUGUUAGCGACGAAGACGAAAAUGUUGAAAUUGUAGACGGUUAUUUGGCUGAACUUAUAUGCACAAAUGAAGCUGAACCUCCAGCCAAGAUGACUUGGAAGCAUAACGGAAACCUAUUAAAUAUAUCAAGACAAGAACACUUCUUUUACAUGGCACGAAGUGACCACGGAAACUAUACCUGCGAAGCAUCGAAUGAAUUUGGAACAAUCCAUCGUACAUUUUACAUGAUAUCACCAGAUUGUGUGCUGAGCAUAAAGGACGAUUUUACGGACAACCAACCCAUUAUGUUCACGUCUCCUUUGAAUUGGCCAUCUUACGAGAUUUCGGCUGACAGCAUGAUUAUACCUAAAGACGACUACGUUUCUUUAUUAUGUCCAGGUGAUUUCACAAUUUUCCCUUCCCCUUAUGUGAUGGCAUUUUGCGAGGGAGAAAAAAAAUUCAAAGUCAAAGGCAAAACUUACAAAUAUACAGAUAUUAAAUGUAAAAAAGAAUUUGAACCAAAUAUUUAUGAGACUGGCGGCGAAUGUCACGGCGAUGAUACCGAACUUUUAAAUAUACAAUACGAAGUGCUAGAUGGAAUUCUUCAAGCAUACGACGUGUGUUAUGAUAAAUAUAAUAAUAUGCCUGUAUAUACAAAACAUAGAUUGGACAGACACCUGGCUGACGUUGAACCGAAAAAUAAAAAGUGGCUGAAUACCCACUUGUGGCCUCUGAAUUCGGAUAAUCUCUACGAUUGUAGAAACGAAAUCAGUAAAAUCUCAAUAGAUAUACGCAGCUGGUUUCACGUAGAUGACAAAUGCUGUUUCAGCAGAAGGCAGUUGAUAAAUCCACGUGACAUGAUACCGGGCUUGAUGCAAUCCUCUACUUACACUUACUUAAACGUAGUUCCCCAUUGGAGCACCUGCAUUACAAACAAUUGGGAUGACUUAGAGCAAAAAUUAAGAAACUUGGUAAAGUCCAUAGACUACUCUCUAACCGUUUGGACUGGUGUUUCUAAGCGUGCACAAUUAAAAUCCAAGGGUUCAAUAGCGAAGACUGAUAUUAUACUUGAAGAUGGAAAAGGAAAGAGUCAAUCCGUGCCAAAAUAUUUAUGGAAGGUGAUCCAAGAUCCAGUGACGCGUUCAUCACUAGCAGUCAUUCAAGUCAACGUACCUGAUCUGAACAGUUCAGAAGUUUCUGAAUACGUUCUAUGUGAAGACAUAUGCGAACACAUACCUUGGUUUAGAGGCAGUCAAUGGCACAACGUGUCUCAAGGAUUCACCUAUUGCUGCAGGAUUCGAGACUUCGAGAAAGCAUUUGGCUUCGAACGAGUUUUCAAUAGAGGAUAUGAUAGAGUGUUAACUAAAGUCUCACAUCUAUCUUCGGAUAGUUUAUUGACGUAGUUCUAAGUCGGAAACUGUACCCCGCAGGAAUUUUCGGUUGAUAGUACACGUCAAGUUAUCGUUUAGGUAAUCUUUUUAUGGAAAUUUGAACAGUGUCCCGUAAGCGUAUUUAGAACUAAAAUACGGCAGCAUGUACUGGGCGCCUGCUGUGUUACCAUUGUAAUGGUAAACUUAUAAUAUAUGAGAAUCGACAGUACGAAUUGUUUAUUUUUAAUAUGCACUACUGAACAAACUCUAAGGAACACGGAAAAAAUUGUGUUUAUUUUAAAUUUUGUCUUAAAUGUUAUACAUCAAUAGAAGCGAAAUUUUAUAUUCAUUUUAAUCUUGCAAUUUUAUAAAAGGUUUGUUAGAAAAAAAAUAAAAAAUUUGUACAAAAAACUAACAGUGCUAGAAGAAAAAAAAGUAAAUUUAUGAAAAUUUAAAUUUUAGUGAUUAGUACUUUUUUAAAGAGGUUUCAUAAAUAAGUUGAUAUAGUUAACUUGUUCCCUAGACUUUUUUGAGUAGUGUAGUAUUGUCAAACAAGUAUAAAGAAAUACACAUACUUUAAUUACUUACUCGAUGCGGAUACUAUAACGCAUAAAUUCUUACUAGGGUACAAAAUUGUCUAAGCUGAUAUUGAAACAUUAUUCUAACUUGAAACAUGAAUGUGUAUUAAAACGUAUGUUUAUAAUAAAAAGUAAUUACAUUAAUUUUGAAACUGUGUUUCAAGAGGCUUAAAUUAAAGUAUUAUGUAAUGUAAGAAUAA